AUGGAGAAGAUUGACAAGUUCCAGAUCGUGUUCAACAACCCCAGCGCUACCUACUAUGCCGGUGAAACAGUCUAUGGAUACGGCUGGUUAGUCAUCAAGGAGUCCGUCUAUGUAUCCAGUAUAUGUCUUGAAGCAAUCGGAGAAGCCAAAGUCGAAUGGAUGACAUCCAGUGAUAUCCAGAACUCAGAUGAAGAGAUCUUCAAUCAUACAUCGGUCCUACCCAUCAGAGGUGAGAAACAGAUCAACGACGAGGGAGUUCUCCAUUCAGGCUCCCAUUACUUCCCCUUUGAAUUCACCCUCCCCAACAAACUUCCCUCUUCCUUCAAGGGCAAACAUGGCCGCCUCCGCUAUUACGUGCGCAUGUCUGUCUACUCCCAAGGAGUCUUCACACACUCGGGACCACACACAGAGAGGACUAGCAAGUUCGCCGUCAUCGGGGCAUUGGACCUCAACAACGAGCCUGAUGCUUCGCUGCCCGUGGAGAACGACACGUUUGAAGCCGUGGGUACGUGGUGCUGCAUGUCCGGCACCGUCACCGCCGUGCUAAAGCUGGAUCGCAAGGGUUACACCAUCAAGGAAGCCAUCCCUGUCUAUGCGGAGAUCAGGAACCUCAGUGCCAGAAGGAUCGCGUCCACACAGGUGUCUCUUAUACAGAAUGUGACCUACUACUCAUACCGAGGAAGGUUCUCAGAAUCCACCAAACUGGUCACUGUCCACAAAGGGCGCAUCGCACCCCGAGGCAAGCAGACGUGGAACAGGGAGUUGUUGAGUGUGCCCACUGUGCCGCCCUCUCACCUUCGAGGGUGUAAGAUUAUUGACGUACAAUAUAGUAUAGAGCUGUGUAUCAAACCCAGUGGAAUUGCCCGCAAAGUGAAACUACCCGUAGAUAUAGUUAUCGGCACAGUUGCCUUGAAAGACCACCAACACAAGGUCACUUGCCACCCGCUUCUCUCCCCUGAAGAUGGUAACUUCCCCUUCCCAUUCUUCUCCGCCAACUACGACAGCGAGGUGUUCCUCUCGGACCUGUGCCUACACAACAUGUUGCCGACAGCCCCGCCAUGGGAGGAAGACGAUGACAUCCCUUGA